GUCUGGCGUUUUCUCCCUAGAUGGUGACAAGACUGUUCAAAAUGAGUUCAUGGAAAUUCAGCGCGCCCAGGUUUUCAUUCAGAGGCUCAAGGUCAAGGAGCCUUUAUUAAGAGCAGACCGACAUUCCUAAAUGCUUUCUCUGGACCUUUUACUCUUUGGCUACGAAACAGUGCAGCGAAAGCCAUUAAUUGGGUCUAUUGCCAUCUUCUCAGGCGAGUCACCUACAGCAGACACCCAUGUAAAGAAAUUUGGACUGUGAUCAUUCACCAUGGCUUAUGGUUUACCACGAAAGAACACAGUAAAAACCAUUCUGCGUGGCAGCUGUUACAAAGUACAGGAACCCUGGGAUCUUGCACUGCUUACACAAGCCUGGUAUACUAACUUAGCCCAAGUCCAAUUGCCUUUCUUGGAAGAAAUUACAUAUGGUUGUACUGUGCAACUCACACAAAAUAACGCAAAGGACUUUAUGCUCCCUUCAGCAGAAACUAUCAAACUUGAAAGGGAAUAUGAAAUGAAGCGCCUAACUAAACUUAAAUGUCAAGAAAAAGCCAAUGAGGAAAUUGGAUUCUCCCUAAGGGAAGGGAAAGCUGGUUUGAGAAGACCUCUUCAGCCCAAGUGACAAUCACUUGGUCAUCAAAUCUGUGCUGUUUCUUGCAUCUAAAGAAAAUGAAGGUGGCUGACUCCUUUGUUGUGUAAAGUUCAGUGCUCACACAAGAAUGACCACUGUUGGGUGAGCCAGCACCUCUAGAUGUAGGCUAGUGGACAACUCUGGCAUUUGAAUCAAAUAUGACAGCAAUAUAAUAGAUGGAAAGGCAUCUGGAAUUGAGUCAUUUAUUUUCUUAUUUUUGAUUUUUAUGAUACUGUACUAAAAGGAGACUUUGUCAGAGCAUUAUUUUG